GUGCUUGUGUGUUUCUGUCAGUCGGAGCAGCUGCAGAUCAAGCUCAUCCAGGAGAAAGAUCUCAACGAUCAGCUGGAGUGUGAGAAGGCCAUCCUGGAUAGACAGCUGCGGGAUCUGCGCAGAGAGAUGGAGGAGCUGCAGAAUAACAGAGUGGAGGUGGACUCAAUCACCAGAGCCGAGAUUAAAGCCAAAGAACUGGAGAACACACUGCGCACCGAGGAGAGGAAUAAAGUGGUGAUGAACAACAGCAUCAGCAAACUGGAGAAGAAGAUCCACGAGCUGAUGGAGCAGAUGGAGGAGGAGCACAAGAUCUCCACCGAACAGAGAGAGCUGAUGAAUCAGCGCAUCCGUUCACUGAAGCGGCAGCUGAACGAGGCCGAGGAAGAGGCGAGUCGACGAGACGUCCAGCACCGACACACACACAGAGAACUGAUGGAGGAGAGAGAAAAUAACAGCCGCCUGCAGAGACAACUGCUGGACCAACAGCUGCACAACAAGAGGAAAGAGUCGAGACAAACUCUGGAAAGCCUGAAGCUGAACCUGAGUGAAGAGGAUGAUGAUGAGGAAGAGCAGCAACAGAGCCAGUCCAAACCCACAGAGAAGCAGAUCUCUCAGGUGUGACGGGACCAGACCUAACCGCAGCUAAAACUGACAAAACCCAAUGUAAACCUGCCGUUUCCCCUCAAAUAUCAAAGACUUCAAACCAAAACAGAUCACACAAACCACUUGAGUCCAGGUCUACGAGAGAGACCGGAUCCAGAGAAGCUCCGCAUUAAACAGGAAGUGGAAAAGCUCUUUCCUGUGGACUGACGCUCUUAGGAUUUUAUUGAUAAGUUCUUUCAGGAGAAUCUGCUUCGCCGUCACUGCCAAAUCUGGUUACAGUAAGCUAUUGUGUGCAUUAGUUCUUUAUCAAGCUCUCCUUUCUGUUUCUGUUGUUAUUUUCAGUUCAAUCAGCUGUUUACAUUAUGCACAUAUUAAUAUAAUGGA